AUGACUACCUACACGAAAGAGGAGAUUGCUGCUCGCUGGGCGGCUCAUCUGGACAAGCAGAUGGUAGAACUGCCGAACACGAAACUGGAUGGCUACACGCCUGUGUACCGUAAUGCGGCGUUCCCGGAUGACCCCAAAGCGGUGAUGGCAUACGACUGCUUUAUGAAUAGCAUGGCAAAGAAUCCUCAGGCCAAUUGCUUGGGCCACCGCCCAUGGGACGCAGCCAAAGGUGACUUGGCAAACCACUUCGUGUGGCGCUCGUACCAGGAGACGCACGACGAGGCCACCGCCCUUGGCUCAGCUAUGUGCCAGUGGGUCGAGGAAGGCCUGCUCGAGCCGCGUGGUGAGAAGGGCCAUGUGCAGGCUCCUGAGAUGGGCAGAUGGACUGCAGCAUACUGGGGCAACAACCGCCCCGAAGCGACCGUUCUGAGCUUGUCGCUAGCUAUGUACGGCCGUGUGGUCGUGGGGCUGUAUGACAACUUUGAUGCGGCCGGUUCCGUGUACAUCCUACAGCACAGCAAGUCGCGUGUGCUGCUGUGCCCUUCGCAGUAUGUGCCGCUCGUACUGCGCAAUGCGGAUAAGCUCCCCGCGCUCAAAGCGAUUGUUUUGGUGGACGAGCCGGAGGCUACGAAUCUGAACCUGGGCGAGGCGCGCAAGGAGCAGCUGGUCCGUGAGUGGGCGUCGCUGCACCAAAUCCACGUCUUCCACUACAACGACGUGGUUGCAAAGGGUCGCACGGCCAUUCGACCCCAUAUGGUGGACAGGGACCCGGACGCGCUUUCACUGCUGUGCUACACAAGUGGCACCACCGGCCUUCCCAAAGCGGCGCGCAUUCUCAAUCGCAAUGCCGCGGUUGCCAUGGAGGGUCUUCGCUGGGUCGUGAACGACCAAGAGAUGGUAUCGAUUUCGUACCUGCCUCUUGCGCACAUUCUUGAGCGUGGGUGGGAGAUCUUUGUUAUCUACAUGGGCGGCUCGAUCGGCUACUUCUCAGGCAAGAUCGACCGUCUGACGGAAGACCUGCAGCUGCUCAAGCCGACGAUGCUCCCGAGUGUGCCGCGUGUGCUAAACCGUAUUGCGGGCCAGAUCCAGGCCCAGAUGGACGCACCUGGCCUGAAGGGCAAGCUCCUGACCAAGGCGGUGAAUGCCAAGCUUGCCAACUAUGAGGCGACCGGCGCGAUCACGCACCCAUUCUGGGACCGCCUCAUUUUCCGCAAGGUCCGAGCGUUACUCGGAGGCCGCGUCCAGUUCAUACUGACCGGCAGUGCCCCAUGCCGCAAGGACGUGCUCAGCCUGCUGCGUGUAGCGCUCUGUGUCGAUGUGCGUGAGGCGUACGGCCAGACGGAGAACUGUGCGUAUGCCACCUUCAUGGCGCCGAACGACCGCCACGUCGGCUGUGUGGGGCCCGUAAACCCCGGUGUGAACCUGCGCCUGCGCGACUGCCCUGAGCUCGGCUACCGCUCGACGGACAAGCCAUACCCCCGCGGCGAGAUUAUGCUGCAGAGUAGCGCCGUGUUUGGCGGCUAUGACGGCGACCAGAAGAAGACGGACGAGACGCUGAUCGACCUGCAUGACGGCAAAGGCUUGUGGCUGGCGACUGGCGACGUCGGUCAGAUCGACCAGUACGGCCGCGUGCAGAUCAUCGACCGCGUCAAGAACUUGAUCAAACUGGCGCAGGGCGAGUACAUUGCCAUCGAGAAAGUCGAGAGCAUCUUUGCGUCGCUGCCGAUCGUGCAGCAGGUGUGGCUGUACGGCGACUCGUUGCAGCCCCACCUCGUGGCGGUGGCUGUGCCACAGCCUGACACAUUCGCAACGUUUGUCCAGUCAGUCACGGGCCGUCCAGUGAGCCAGGAUGACACGGCCACGCUGGAGGCGGCAUGCCGUGACCCGAAGGUCGUCGAGGCGGCGCUGCGCGAGUUUAUUAAGCUCGGCAAGAGCCAGAAACUCGGCUCGCUCGAGCAGAUGCGCGCGCUCAAGCUGCGUAUGGAGCCCUUCUCUGCGGAAAAUGGUCUCAUGACGCCCACGAUGAAAGUCAAGCGUCAGGAGGCAGCCAAGAUUCUCAAGAGCGACCUGGACGAGCUAUACGCCCAGGCGCCCUACGACCUGACCUUGGUCAAAGUAUCCAAGCUGUAA